GCCUUCCACUGCAGAGCAAUCCAGAGAAAUGCAAUAAAACUCUUUACACAAGAGCAGACAGGCAGGCACGCUCGCAGGCAGGCAGGCAGGGACACCGGCAAUGCAGCCACUGAAUGUGUCUUUAAGGUGCUUAACUGAUGAGUCAGCUUUUUGGUAGAGCUGGGCCUGACAGGAACUGAAAAGGGUGUUUUGUGAAUUCUUGCUGUGUUUGCAUCCUGAGCGACUUCAUCAAUGCUGCAUGGAACUUAGAGCUGGCAAGGUUUCCUGCUGCAAUCCUUGGGACUGAGCAGCCUGUGUGUGUGCAUGUGUGUGUGUGCGUGUGUGUGUGUGCCCGUGUGUGAUCUACUGCUGCAACAAAGUAGGGGGGACACCUUGCAAUAAACAAAUAAUUCCCAGGGAGGGCAGCAUGUGUGCAUCUCCACCAGGACAAAACAAGCACUGGAGAGAUUAAGUGGAUCCCGAAGCACCUUCUCUGUAUUCGCCUAGGUAGAGCUGAUGACCGUGAUGGCUAUCCUGGACCUACAGUCUUCAAGAAGAACCCACAAUGUGACUUCCCCUAACACCUGCUGCCCCAUGAUGAGUCUUUAGGGUCCUUGAGUCAAUUGCCAGUAUCCUUCCAUUACCCAUUGCCCAUCAUGGGAGGAUGUUUCUCCAAACCCAAACCAGUUGAGGUGAAAAUUGAAGUAGUGGUUCCUGAGAAAGAAAAGGAACGAGACAAAAUGUCACCCAAUGGCACAGCGAGUUCCGUAGCGAACUGCAAGCCGAACGGGACCACGAAACACCCGUGCGAUGAGUCCCUCGCCCUGAGUGCCUAUCAGAACCCCAGGGACCUCGUGGAGGCGGCCGUGUGCCACGUGAGGGAUCUGGAGAAUGGACAGAUGCGAGAGGUGGACGUGGGAGGGGGAAAGGCUCUCUUGAUAAAGGAACAUGGCGAGUACAGUGCCAUCAGUCACAAGUGCCCCCACUAUGGAGCACCUCUAGUGAAAGGAGUGUUGUCAGGGGGGCGGGUUCGAUGCCCCUGGCACGGGGCCUGUUUCAGCAUUGCCACCGGAGAUAUAGAAGACUUUCCUGGUCUGGACAGUUUGGAAAAGUUUCAGGUUAGAGUAGAAAAAGAUAAGGUGAUCAUCCGGGCAAACAAACAGGCCCUGCAGACACAAAAGAGGACGAGAAUGAUGACGAAAUGCACAGGGCUGAGCAACUGCAGCACCGGAGUCACCAGCGUGCUCAUCAUUGGUGCAGGUCCUGCUGGGCUGGUCUGUGCAGAGACUCUAAGACAGGAAGGUUUUGGCGACAGGAUUGUAAUGUGCACUGUGGACAAAUACCAGCCGUAUGACAGGCCUAAACUGAGUAAGUCGCUGGAGUCUACAGCAGAACAGAUAACACUGCGCUCGAAAGAAUUCUUCCAAAAAUACGACAUAGAGCUUCUGAAAGAGAAAGAGGUAGUGACUGUGGACAUAAAGACAAAGACAGCAAUCUUUAGAGAUGGAUUGAAGAUGAUCUACAAAAAUCUUCUUAUUGCCACUGGAAGCAGUCCAAAGCUACUAAACUGCAAAGGAAGAGACGUGGAAAAUGUGUUUUACCUGAGAACACCGGAAGAUGCCAACUGUAUAGCCAAACUCGCAAACAACAAGAAUGUGGUUGUAGUGGGGGCGUCAUAUGUAGGCAUGGAGGUCGCUGCCUACCUGGCUGAAAAGGCCCACUCUGUGUCAGUCGUGAGCCAGGAGGACAUUCCCUUCCGCAAAGCCUUGGGAGAGAAAGUAGGAAGGGCCAUCAUGAAGAUGUUUGACAACAACAGAAUUAAGUUCUACAUGCUGAAUGAAGUAUCGGAGCUGCGAGGCCAACAAGGAAAGCUAAAAGAAGUGGUGUUGAACAGUGGAAAGGUUCUCAGGGCUGAUGUCUGCAUUAUUGGCGCAGGGGUAAGCCCAGCGACUUCCUUCUUAAAACACAGCGGCAUUAGCAUGGAUUCCAAAGGCUUCGUCCCUGUGAGCAAGACAAUGCAGAGCAAUGUUCCUGGAGUGUUUGCUGCAGGAGAUGUGGUCACUUUCCCUCUGGCCCUGCGCAGCAAUAAGAGAGUGAAUGUGCCUCAUUGGCAGAUGGCACACAUGCAAGGUCGGAUAGCUGCUCUUAAUAUGCUUGGCCAGGCAACUGAAAUAAAUACUGUUCCUUACUUCUGGACCGCGAUGUUUGGGAAAAGUAUUCGAUAUGCAGGUCACGGAGAAGGAUUUGAUUCUGUAAUCAUCCAAGGAGAUUUAGACGAACUCAAGUUUGUAGCCUUCUACACAAAGAGUGAGGAGGUGAUUGCUGUUGCAAGUAUGAACUACGACCCCAUUGUGUCCAAGGUCGCAGAGGUUUUUGGAUCUGGCAGGACGAUUCGGAAGAGGGAUGUUGAGAUGUUUGUACGACAUGGCAAAACCGGGGACAUGUCGUGGUUAAUCGGAAAAGGCACGCAGCAGCUGUGAACCUCAAAGCACCCAAACAUACGUGAAGACCUUUGAGAAGAGGAGGCAGCUCUCAAUCUCCAUGGAAACUCCUCUGUAAGACGACACCCACUGUAUGAGUUCUGUGAUACUGUGGCACACUUAAUCCAGGACAUUUGUGUCUCGAUGCGAGCUUCAUUUCCUCCUCCUAAACCCUGGGGCAUUUUUGCCCUUCACCAGAAAAAAAAGGUUGCUUUUUUCACUUGAGAGGUCUGUCUGCAGCUAAAUGAUUGUACUGUACAUACUGUCUAAAGUGGUGUAAAUGAACCAAAGCUGGGCAGAUCCAUGGGGUUUAGUGGGUCAGGGUCGUAUUUGCACUGUUGAGUCUAAAAACAAUACUGGAUGCAAUGACUGUGCUUGUGCAUGAACCUGUAUUUUGUCUAUAGGUGUCUUUUUUAUAUAUAAUAUUGUGCAUAUGCUUUAUCUGCACCUUCAUCACAUUUAAUUGUAAAUUAAAUUACACAUUUAAAAGUAAUGAAUAAUACAAUGUUGUCUGAUAACCUGCAGUUGUAGCGAAGCAAUAAUGGAGACAGGAGCUACAGGAUAGGUUAGUUACUGUAACUAAAUCGAAAUGUUAUAUUAUUCUUUACUGUGCUGCAUUGUUCUUAUUUGAGGCGCUUCAAUUAGAAUUUCCCUUGGCCAAAUGAACUGUACGUUACACCAUUGCUGUAGGAAGAUUCGUAACACGCAUGGAAAUCACCGAAAUCCACUGGAAAAAGACUGUUGAAAGAUGCUUCAAAUGCAUUAUUAUGUCAGAGCAUGGAUACUUGGGUGAAAAUCCAUUAAAUUGCCUGUUCGGUUAUAGGUGCUAAGAUAUCGCACCCUUUAAAUGAACCCUAAUAAUGUUAUGAAUGAAUUCCAGCUGUGGAGUUGCUAGUAGUGGGUUUGCCCUGGGCAGUUGCAUUAACCAUGCUACAAUUAUUGCUGGGGUAAAAAGUAUUUUUUUUUUUUUUUUUUGGUAGGUUUGAUUUCUCGAGGAAACUCUUUGUUACUAACUCAGGGAGCAGAAGGUUGAUUUUAUUUUCUUAUUGUAAAAAUAAAUGCGUUGGUUUUAUUUUCCUACCAAAACAUGUUUUUCUUAUU